CCCCCAAGGGCACACUCUUGUGUGACGGGUACGGCGCACCCGGGGCCCCGAGCUGGACCUUAGCAUACUUCAAUAUCUCUCUUGCGACGGUCCUGUUUUGAGUUCCUGACUUUCACUUUAUCAUUUUAUUGACCUAGUGAGCGAACAUUAUUUUAUUUACUAUAAAAUUCUGGAUAUCAUUUACAGAACAUUGGUUUCUAAACUUUUGAUUAGUUUUUUCAUUACGUUGAUAUAUUUAUUCCUUUUGUUGCAAUUCAUUAUAUGUUUAUGAAUUCUCAUCCUUAUCGUGGUUGCCAGAUUAACUGGUAAGGACUUUUCGUCUUGGCUCGGUGUUAUAUUGAACCCUGAUGAGAAGAAACCACCCGCGUGUUCGCCGUGCGUGGAGACCCGUGUCCUUGGAAAAGGGGAUCCUGGUAGUUGAGGGGCAUCCUGGUACCCCAAUACACUGCUUUGGCCCCUGCUCCAGGUAAACGGGAGGUGCAUAUUGGCCUGUAUGCAUCAAUCGGCCAGUCACGAAUGUCAUCUGUUGGCUAGGGUCAAGCCCGGGGUCACUUACUGAGCACCUCGUUAAGGGUGGAGGCUGCUCCAGGGGUGACCUUCGGGCGUAUAGCUAUUGGCUAGCAUCGUUGUUGAGUAACAGAUUUCUAUCUAUUUCUCACAUCCCCUAAGUUGGACUCCGUGGUGGGUGGUGCCGCCGAUAGUGGAACUUGAUUUAUUUUUUUGUAUGGCAGAUAAUGAACAGAUGGUGUUGAGUUCCGCACACCGAAACAAAAGCGGAACAACCCCUUUACCUAGUUUUAACCUAUCUAAAUGUCCAAUUUACGACCCAGCUAAAGCCAGAUUCCUAAUAUUGAGCUCAACCGAAAAAAAACUAUCUAAUGUAUCCCCAUUUCUUGUCCAAAAGUCUCUUGAAUCUUCAAUAGGCAAUCCCAAACAUGUUAAACAGCUUCCCUCAGGUGAUUUAUUAGUGGAAACUAUCUCUGAAAAACAGACUACUUCACUCUUAAAAACACAAACUAUAGGCAACAUACCCAUAACAGUCACACCUCAUAAUACAUUGAAUAUUUCUAAAGGUGUAAUUUCUGAUAAAGCUCUCCAGUCCCUUCCAAUCGAAGAAAUCCUAGAAGGACUAUCAAACCAAGGUGUUAUUGACGCGCGCCAUAUAACAAUUAAAAAAGGUACAGAGAUAAUAAAUACUCAACAUCUAAUAUUAACAUUCAAUACUGCUCAAUUACCUACUGAU